AUGUAAUAUUAGACAAAGGGAAGCUGAGUAAACCGUUUCAAAUUUAUUACUUCAUUUAUUUAAUGAAAAAAGUUAUCAAACCCAUAUCACCCAUGUGAAAAAGUUAUUAAGGUAAAUUUAAGGUAAGUAAUUGAGUAAUUAAGGGGGCAACUGCUUUCUCACAUGGGUGAUGGGUGUUUGAUAACUUUCAUCAAAUAAAUGAAAUAAUAAUAUUUUGUAAAAAAAAGAAAAAUGUCUUCUGUUUAAUGCAAUAUUGAGUUACCCAUUGUCUAAUAUUACAUUUUGUGUAAAGAUAAGAAACUAUGCAGUGUGCCAAAUAUGCAAUAAAAGAGGAAAUCAGAAAGGGGCACAUACUUUUUCACGUCAUUGUUUUCUACACAUAUUUGCACUUAAAACCGGUUCAGUUAAGUCAAUGAAAGAGUGCCUGUGAUAACACUGAACAGGCAAUAAUAUGAACAUUCUUGGUAGAUCUUUUGACACUUACCUUAACUACUAUACAUUAAUAUUUAACAAAAAGUUCACUCCAGUCCAAACUGAACUCUACUAACUUGAUCUGUACAGUAUUUGGCAUAACGUUAAUAAAUAGCUUCAAGGCAAAAAGAAUUGUGUACUUACUAAAGUUUUUCAUUAAUCAUUCACAACAAGUGAUUCACCAAGGAAUACUCAUAUUCACAUUCUCAACACGUUUUCAUCUAUUCUUAAAUGGAAUUGGUAAAUUCAUCAAAUGUACCAUCAAUGCCAAGAAUGGCUAACCACUUUAAGCACGUAUAAUAGUCAUUACAUAUAAUUAAAGUGUAUUUAAUAGACAUAAUUAUGUAAUGAUGCGCAUGUGUUGUUUUAAUUGUAGAUUCCAUGUCUACAUGAAUAAUGGGUUGUCAUGCAGUAUAUGCCUUAAUACUGUAUAGAUACACAUGGUGGCCUAUAAUGACAUGUACCAAUUCUUAUGAUACAUUUCCAAAGAUUAUGGUAUGUAAGGUCAAAUUCUAGUCCCUAAAGUUCUAGUCACUAAAAUAUAUUUUGUAGCAGAACUCAUAGUACAAAAUUAUGCACAUUGGUGUCAUGCCUUUUGAACAUUUUAUGUGAGCUGCACACCACUCAUAAUGCAAUUUGACUAUUGUGAUGUGUUAUAAUUUCAUCACAAACCCAUUUAAGUAAAGUUUUGAUUGCUUUAUGUAUUUUAUUAUAAAUGUGUUUGUAAUACAUUAUGGGCAUAGUUUGCAUAGAAAGUGAGGCUGUUUUAAUAUUAUGUUAUCAGACAGAGAGUAGGCUGCUGCACUGAGCAGAUUGGGUCAUCCAAGGCAAGCGCGUUACCUAAUCCCCAAACCUGCCAGCAUAGCUCUGCACUGUUUCUCUAAGGGGUGGCACGCCCAGGCUUAAUGAGAAAACAAUGUAAGGAAACAAAGGUCAUUCAAUUCCUUUCCGGAUUCUAUUCCAACAGCAACAAAUGCUUGCACGAUUUAAAGGGGAAGUGCGCCUGCUUUUGUUUGACUUCACAAAUCUAAAUACGAAUCACACAGCUGCCGUUAUGAAAGUACAGCUCUCUUCCUUAAAUUCAAUAAUAUUGAAAACUAUUGAAAACAUCCUUUUCACCCCAGGUACUAUGUAACGGCAAAGCCAACUGUGUCUCAGGGCAGGUGACCGAGGAUUUUGUUCACUCUGAACUAGGAGACCGUGCAAUUCCUCUCUGAUCUGAUUUAUUUUAUUUUUUGCCGACAUCUUCACAGUACGAAUCCCCUUUACCCUAGUUUAUAGAGUGCAACAACCUUUUUACUGAACUUUUUUUUUUAUCCCAGCAGGGCAGCAAGAUUUCAAAAGAACGUUUGAUUCCAACUUGAUUUUUUAAAUUUGUUUCAUUUCUCAAAGCUGCUUAAUGCACAAACAGAACUGAACUUAGCCACAUUAACAGUAAAUGAACCCCCACAGAAGCACAGUUUAGUUCAGAACCUCUCUCUCAGCACUGAAAACCCCAUCUACCAUGAUUGUAUACACAUUGCUGGCAUGGCUGGAUAUUAAGGGCUGCCUGCUAGUUUGCUUUGUGAUCCUACUUGUGGCCGAUAUUAUCAGGAAUAAGAACCCACCAAAUUUCCCGCCAGGACCAUGGCCCCUGCCUUUUUUGGGAAAUGUUUUUACUGGUGUUGACUAUAAGACCAUGGACAAGCUUGCUGAGGAGUAUGGCAAUGUCUUCAGUCUGCGGAGGGGCAGCGAGAAGACGGUGUUUGUGUCAGGCUUCAGGAUGGUGAAGGAGGCUUUGGUGAAUCAGGGACAGAGUUUCACUGACCGUCCCGUGAGUCCUCUGUUUGAUGAAAUCUACAAAGGCCACGGUUUGUCUUUUACCAACGGAUACGUGUGGCACAAGCAGAAGCAGUUCGCUCUGACCCACUUAAAGAACUUUGGAGAAGGCAGGAAGACACUGGAGUUCCACAUUCUGAAGGAGUGUGGCUUCCUCAGCGAGGUCAUCAGAGAAGAGCAGGGUAACUACCUGUGGAGUACAGGAGGAGGACCAUUCGACCCCCAUGAAAAAUUGAACAAUGCUGUCGCCAAUAUCAUUGGGGUUCUGGUGUUUGGUCGUCGCUUUGAAUAUGGGGACAUACGCUUCCAGAAGCUUCUACGCAUGAGCGCUGAAUCUGUCUCCUUAACUGGCUCAGCUGGUGCCCAGCUUUAUGAUUCCUACCCAAGGCUCCUUAAAUAUUUUCCUGGCGUUCACCAAACCAUCAUCUCAAAUUAUGGAAAACUUGCAAAUUUCUUUAGAGAAGAGAUUGACAAGCACGUAGAGGACUGGGAUCCAUCUAACCCUCGUGAUUAUAUUGACUGCUACUUAAUGGAGAUAGAAAAGAGGAAGAAUGACACAGAGGCUGGAUUCAAUAAGGAGAAUUUGGUAUUCUGCACUGUGGACUUGUUUGAAGGAGGAACAGAGACUACAACCAAUACUAUGCGCUGGGCCCUUCUCUUUAUGAUGAAGUACAUGAAUUUACAGAAGAAGGUCCAGGCUGAGAUUGACAGAGUAAUUGGCCAAUCACGGCAGCCCACCCUGGCAGACAGAGCUGACAUGCCCUACACUGAUGCUGUGAUCCAUGAGAUACAGAGGAUGGGCAACAUUGUGCCCCUGAAUAUGGCCAGGAUUGCCAGCAAGGACACAACACUGGGAGGAUGCUGUCUACCUAAGGGUACAGUCGUGGUCACUAAUCUGUCCUCUGUGCUGAAUGACAAAAACGAGUGGGAGACACCGGACACCUUUAAUCCGGGUCAUUUUCUGGAUUCUCAUGGCCGGUUUCGGAGAAGAGAGGCGUUCUUUCCCUUUUCAGCUGGUAAGAGGGUGUGUCCAGGGGAGCAUUUGGCUCGGACGGAACUGUUCUUGAUCUUCACGUACCUUCUCCAACAAUUCACCUUCUGCCCUCCCCCCGGCGUGGAGCUGAGUCUGGAGAGUCAGCUUGGGUUCACGCAGUCCCCAAAGCCUUUCCAGAUCUGCGUCUCCAAUCGCUGAUUUCUCACCAAGCAACCAUUAGCGGUCGGGCUAAUCAUACUGUAUGUACAGUGAUGACUGAAACAGGACCAGAAGUGAAAAAUGUGCUUUAGUUCAAAUGUAAACAUGCACAUAAGAUGCCACAACAUUUGACAGGGAGUGUACUAGAUAUGUUGGAGAUUUUUACAGUAAAACAUAUGUAAACAAAUGAGAGAACCUCGGAUGUGUUUUUCCUUUGCUUUGAGUGUAAUUGUAUGUUUUUAAAGUACAUUGGAAAACAUUGAUUUCAAAUUGUGUAUAUGGACAUGAUUUGUAUUCAGACAUAAUUUUGACCUCAAGUAAUUAUUACCCCAUUCCUCAGGAGCAAUAAUUUAAUUGUAUCAAUGCUAUCCUGCAGUCACUGACAUAUUUAGUAUUGUUAUCUGUUUUGGUUAAUGAGUAAAACGGAUUUAUGGGCUCAUAAAAGGGUUCAUGGAUUCAAUGCCCAUGAUAAUGUAUUAAGCAUACAGUAUAUUAUAAAAUGAUUCAAAAUGGAGGCUCAGAUUCGCUCUGUCCCAGAAUGGGUGACAUAAAAAAAUUUCUGCUGUCCAAAAGAA